AUUGAUUUUUUAAAGGAAGCACUAGAAGUAAGUGCAGAUAAGAACUCUGUUUUUUCUCCAUUGAGCAUAUCUGUGGCAUUGAGUUUGGCUGCAGGUGGAGCAAAGGGCACAACACUGGACCAGUUUUGCGCUUGUCUCAAAUCUAAAGAUGUCCAUCAAUUGCAUGGACUUUCUUCUCAUCUUAUCAAUGUAAUUUUGAUAGAUGGAAGUGCCAGAGGAGGUCCCCUUCUCUCUUUUGUGAAUGGAGUAUGGGUAGAGCAGUCCAUGACUCUGAAGAAAAAUUAUAGAGAUUUAGUGAAGAAUCGAUAUAAUGCUGAAGCUAACUCAGUAAAUUUUAUGAAUAUAUGUUCCCUUGGUCCUCACUUCUGUACAUUCCUUUUCCUUUGUGCAAAUGAAGUUAGAAUGGCAGUGAAUAAAUGGGCAGAACAUGAGAGCGAGGGGAAGAUAGACGAGUUCCUUUCACCUGAUUCUGUAGAUGAAUUUACUAGGCUGAUUUUGGCAAAUGCCUUGUAUUUCAAGGGCACAUGGCUGAAAAAAUUUGAUCCCUCUGCAACAAAAGAUGGUACUUUCAAUUUACUUAAUGGAGAGAGUGUACAAGUACCCAUGAUGACCACUAAAAAGAAGCAGUUUAUUAAAAUAUUUAAUGAGUGCAAAAUCCUACGCCUUCCCUAUUUGCAGGGACAGGACAACCGGUCCUUCUCCAUGUAUGUUAUACUGCCCAACGAUAUCAAUGGUCUGCCUGAACUAGAGAGAAAGGUUGAUCUUAAUUUUCUUGAGCACCAUCUCUCCCAAGGAAGUAAGGUAGAGGUAUGUUCUUUUCAGCUGCCUCGCUUCAAGAUAUCGUCUAGUGUUAGUGCAACUGAAAUCUUGAAAACGAUGGGACUGGUCCUGCCCUUUACUGAAGAUGCAGAUUUCGACGACAUGGUUGAGUUUUAUGUGGAUGGGAAUCUGUACAUUUCGGAUGUUUUUCACAAAUCAUUUGUGGAGGUUAACGAGGUAGGCACUGAAGCAACAGCUAUGACUGCAGUCAAGAUUAAGCUGUGUUGCGCACGCAUGUACCCAAUCGAGGACUUUAUAGCUGACCACCCUUUCAUGUUUGUGAUAAAGGAAGAUAUAACUGGAGUUAUCCUCUUUGUUGGACACGUAUUGAAUCCAUUGGAAACUUAAUCUUACUAGAAUUUGGCCAACCAA